AGCCUCACAUCACGAUCUGUACCACCUAACGGGAAGCAACGACGGCGGCUUAAUCUUUAAUUGGAAAAAAAAGGUGAAAGGCGAGGCAAAACUGUGAGAAUUGCCCUCGCCACAGCCACGAUGAUUCACAGCCUGUUCCUCAUCAACGCCUCGGGGGACAUUUUCUUGGAGAAGCACUGGAAGAGCGUGGUCAGCCGCUCUGUUUGUGACUACUUCUUUGAGGCCCAGGAGAGAGCCUCGGAGCCAGAGAAUGUCCCUCCUGUGAUCCCCACCCCUCACCACUAUCUCAUCUCUGUGCUCCGCCAUCGCAUUUACUUUGUAGCAGUCAUACAGAGUGAGGUGCCACCACUGUUCGUCAUCGAGUUUUUGCACAGAGUUGUUGACACAUUUCAGGACUAUUUUGGGGUCUGCACAGAGGCUGCUAUCAAAGACAAUGUGGUCGUAGUCUAUGAACUUCUUGAGGAAAUGUUGGACAACGGCUUCCCACUGGCCACAGAAUCCAACAUCCUCAAAGAACUCAUCAAGCCUCCCACCAUACUCCGGACCAUGGUCAACACUAUUACAGGCAGUACAAACGUGGGUGAACAGCUUCCCACUGGUCAGCUGUCAGUGGUGCCAUGGCGACGCACUGGGGUCAAAUACACCAACAAUGAGGCUUAUUUUGAUGUGGUUGAGGAGAUCGAUGCCAUCAUUGACAAAUCAGGAUCAACCAUUACAGCUGAAAUUCAGGGAGUCAUUGAUGCCUGUGUUAAACUCACCGGCAUGCCUGACCUCACACUCUCAUUUAUGAAUCCUCGGCUGCUUGAUGAUGUGAGCUUCCAUCCCUGUGUGCGGUUCAAACGCUGGGAGGCCGAGCGCAUCCUCUCCUUUAUUCCUCCAGAUGGAAACUUCCGAUUACUUUCCUACCACGUCAGCUCUCAGAACCUGGUGGCCAUCCCAGUGUAUGUCAAACACAACAUCACGUUUCGCGAGGGCAGUUCUCAGGGCCGUUUUGACUUGACUCUGGGCCCCAAACAGACGAUGGGGAAAGCAGUGGAGGCUGUUCUCGUCAGCAGCCAGCUCCCGCGCGGCGUGCUCAACGUCAACCUCAACCCCUCCCAAGGAACAUAUACAUUUGAUCCAGUCACUAAGUUGCUGUCCUGGGAUGUGGGGAAGAUCAACCCUCAAAAACUCCCCAGCCUGAAGGGCAGCAUGAGUUUACAGGCUGGAGCUUCCAAACCAGACGAGAACCCCACCUUCAACAUCCAGUUAAAAAUCCAACAGAUGGCCAUCUCAGGGCUGAAAGUGAACCGCCUGGAUAUGUAUGGGGAGAAGUACAAACCCUUCAAAGGUAUCAAAUACAUGACGAAGGCGGGCAAGUUUCAGGUCCGGACGUAAAGACUGCUGCCACUGGGCCAAACCAGCCGAGGACAGAGGCUUGUGAGGGGAAAGUGGAGUUCCUGUGGUUUAUGCAUUUGUCUAUUUACACUGGACGCUCCAUGUAGCAGAGUGGACCAUUUCACACCGUGAAUGUAAAAACAGCAGGCCAAUAUUAAUUCAAUACUGUAAGUAGUAUUUUGUUUCACAUUACGUCCACUAAACCAGCUUAUUGGUAAAUGUUUGUUGCUUUAUCAGUUAAAACCAAAACAUUCCCAUUCUCCAAAAAGGUGGUAUGAGGUUGUCUGUCUAUUAUGGUCUACCAGCAUUUCCAAGUCUGCUGUAUGUUUGAUUUAUAGGUGUGUCUUCAAAUGCUUUAUUCUUUUUUUGUUUUUGAUGUGAAUAUGAAUGCAUGGUCUCCUCAGUGAACAAACCCAACUGGUCCGUCCUCUUUUUAUGUUCUCUAAAAUUUGUUUGUUCUUGCUACUCUGUUGCUGCACCAUCGUGGCACUUUUCCAUUUGAUACAGAGGGAUUCUGAUGGCCAGACUACUGACUGCAGUUUGUGUUGUUCUCAUUGUAUCUCUAAGAAUCAAUCCAAUGGUUUUCCAUAAUUAUAAUGAUAAUGUGGCUGAUGACAGUACUUCUUCCUUUAUAGUGAGACCCUGUAGGAAAACAUUUCAAAUUAUUGAUCUUGUCGCAACACUGGAUUCAGCACAUACAAGAAUGUGACAACAAAGGCAUCUUUUUGGGGAACUUUUUCCAUGUGCUGUGAGGAAUCUAUAUAUAAUGUAAUGUUUCUAUUUAUAUUUCUUGGUAUAAGUAGUUUGAUCCAAAUGCUGUUUUAACACUUCUUUUAAAGUGCAAAUUCUAAACUACACAAUGACUAUUUAUUAAUUCAUUCCUUAAUUGUACUAUUUUAAUUGGCAUAAUUAUAUACAAAUCAAACUCUUUCAUCCUAUGUUUGUUAUAUUUUGCAACGUAGUUUUUCUUUAUACUACUGGAACUCAUUUAGUUGAUAUCACCAUGGCAGAUGAGUUUUUAUUUAUUUUUUAUUUUUUUCAGAAGACAGGACAUAAUUUUGUUUACAUAUUAUUGUUGAAACAUGUCCACCAACGCAUUUGUACUAUUUGGAAAUAACUACUGAUAAAACAUUUAUGAAGUGGACAAUUACCCAGAAUCUGCAGGAGAAAUAGAGAAUUGUGUUUUAUUUGUGUCUAACGGCCUCCAAUGGAGAGUGAUACAGAUAAAUAAAGAUUUGAUGUGUUAAAUC